AAACCCACAAUUAGUAAUUUUAUGACGAAAUGUACUAGAAAUGUAAUAAAAUUAAUCUAUUGCAUUAUUAGCUUAAAGUUUCCAAACAGCAUUUCGCUGUAUGUCAAGGGGCCACUGUAGUGAGAUAAAUUUUCAAAAAAAAACGAAACAAAUCCAUUGCGAAGUAAUGUGCAUGUGGUAACACUGCGCAACAGCUUGUACAGCUGAUUGAUGUUUACAGUGUUUUGAACGUUUACCGAAUUCCGCAAAAAAUAUUUUGACAUUCUUGUUGUCAAUAGGCCUCAUCAUAUAGGCAAGGAUAUACUUAUAGCGGUUAUUCGCAACGAUUAAUCAUCAAAAUUGGCCGCACCCAUAACUAGAAUACUCACAGGCAUAAAGUUUACGAUUCGUUGGACACUCAAAACGAAAAAACGUCAUGUCCUAUCCAAAACUUCCGCCAGCACAACUGGAAGGCAUUCAGGUAUGCAGCAUUUCUUUCAACAUGACCGAUCGGAUAAGAUUAAUCGGAUUGCCGGCUGAUGUAAUCGAGUCAAUGAGAGGUGCAGUAAUACAAAGUUGGGGUGAAAUACAAGAUGAGUCAGACUAUUACGGCACGUACGAAUUAAAAUUGCGUGGUAAUCCAUGGCGUGGACAAGGUGAAGAUGCGGUCCAUUCUCGACGAUUAUUGGCAGCAAUAUUGACGACAAUGGCACGGUUCGGUUGGAAUUUGUUACAAUCAGCUGAUGUCAGUAAGAAGAAGUUUGACAAGGACACUUUGUUUUUCGAAAAGGGAAUGCCAGAUCCCGACGUUUCAUUGUUUGCUAUGUCAUUCAAUAUGAGAGACAGAAUUCGAAUUAUUGACGCCCCUUCGUUUGCUGUAUGUGUUCAAGAUGCUAUCCAAAGUCAAUGGCGUAAUGGAAUCCAAGAUAAAAGGGACUACUAUGGUUCGAUUGAAUUCAAGCUGUCCGGUAAUCCAUGGUUUCCGAAUGGAUCGGACACUGUUUACGGUCGCAUGCUGCUUUGUCAAAUAAUUGCUAAUUUGAGAGCAAAGGGAUAUAAGUUGUAUGGUUCCAUUGAUAUUAGUAUUGGCCAUGAAGGUCAGGAUUUAGAAAGCUGGGUAUUUAGACGUGUGGGUUCUGCUUGGAAUUAGAGGGUUAAUGUUUAGGUCUCUUAAGUGAGACUUAUUCGUCACUGACGAGAAACAUUUGUUAUUAUACGUGCACAUUUAGCUUUGACGAAGAGUACUCACGUCAGGAAAUCAACGGUAAAUCAUAAGUAAUUCAAAAAAUCUAAAUUGUGUUUGCAAUACAAUAUGCCCUAAUUUAGGCCCAUCUAUUUCGUAGAAAAUAUUUACCGAAUUUGCAGAUUUACUAGUGAGUACCCCCUUGAGUUUUGAGGGUCUGCUUUCAGAUUCUAUGUUUAAACUCUAUAUUACUCUGCAGUCUUUGCUUCUGGAUAUGAUUGGACACCUACAUGUGAACAGAUAAAUGAAAGGAUAAAUUUAAGAUGUAAAGCUUUCACCAUUCAAUGGGUUAUUAGAUAUGGAAAAUUAUUUUUGAAAAGAUUUUUAUAAAAAUUCUCAACCAAGCAUGAUGUGAUGUUUGUAAAUGUGAUUAGAGUGUCCACUAAAAAAUAUUUUCGGAAAUUUUUACACAAAAAAGUUUAUAUUUUUACAAU